UAACUUGUAAUUUCAACGGCUCCAUCCGAAGGUGAUACUGAUCCUCGAAGUGUUAAAUUGCGAAGUGUUAACGCUUAUAGAAAAUAUAUUAGGGUCCAUAAUGUCAGGUCGAAAGAGAAACUUGUCUUCCAAGGCGAAGACCGGAACGUCUGCUACGCCAUCAAAGAAAAAAGCGGGUAUGGACGGCGUUACCGUGGAUUUCAACUAUAAUCGAAAGGAAAACACAACACAACAUCAUACCGAUGAAUACGAAAACGACGUUUUAGUCCUGCGCCGUGGUGAAAAGUUUGACUUGGAUCUAACGUUCCAUAAUGCUGAUUUGAAUGAUAUUCAAGAAUCGUUUCUCCGAUUUAAUAUUGGAAAAAAUACUUGCAAAUGGGAAACGAAUGUCGUAAAAGAGAAGGGGCUCGCUCGACGUUUGCAAAUAACUAUUCCAGUUGGUGCUGCUGUUGGAAGGUAUACAAUACAGGUUGUUGUUCCCAAACAUUCCAAAGAGCCACUUAACCAGACUGGGCAGAUUAUCGUUUUAUUCAACCCUUGGAAUAAAGAUGAUGAAGUUUAUCUUGAUGAAGAAAUAUUAAGAAACGAAUAUGUUCUGAGCGACUGUGGUCUAGUUUACGCGGGCUGGUCGUCUAGAGUUGGCCCAAAUCCGGCCGCUUGGAAUUUUGGUCAGUUCGAGAAAAAUAUCCUGGAUUGCGUGUUGUAUCUGUUGGAAAAGGACCGAAGGAUUGAAAAGAAGCCUGUAAAGUCUAUCUUCAUGAGACGUAGUCCAGUAUGGGUUGCAAGAAUACUCUCUGCCAUGAUUAAUUCACAAGACGACAAUGGUGUGUUGGUUGGCAACUGGUCAGGUGAAUACGAUGAUGGUAGAUCACCCACGUUUUGGAAUGGAAGUGUCAAAAUACUUCAAGAGUAUUUUGAGAAGAAAGAGCCUGUGAAAUAUGGCCAAUGUUGGGUCUUUUCUGGAGUUAUGACAACAGCUCUUAGAGCGAUUGGUAUUCCGGCAAGAAGUGUUACCAACUAUGACAGUGCACAUGAUACUGACAACACAAUGACCAUUGACACAUUUGUUGACGAGGAAGGAAACAUUUUAGAAGAUCUAAAUAAUGACAGCGUUUGGAAUUUUCAUGUUUGGAAUGAAAUCUGGAGCAAACGUGCUGAUCUUCCUGGGAAUAAAUACGAUGGUUGGCAAGCAGUAGAUGCGACACCGCAGGAAGAAAGUUGCCAAAUCUAUCAAACAGGUCCUGCCCCACUGAAAGCAAUAAAAGACGGUGAAGUGUACGCCGGCUUUGAUACAGGCUUUAUUUUUUCGGAAGUUAAUGCAGAUAAGGUGACGUGGGUAAUGAAAGAAGAUGAAGACGGUAAUCAAACAAUACAAAAAACGAGCAAACAAUUGAAAGCCAGCGUCGGCCAUUUUAUCAGUACGAAGUGUGUUGGCAGUUUUGAAAGAAAUGAUAUUACUGAUCUUUACAAACACCCGGAGGGAACAAAUGAAGAAAGAAAAGCAUUUGAAACAGCUUAUAGUUUCGGAGAAGGGGCAAAAGAUUGGACUGGUCAUUUGAAUAUUGAAGAAGAAGGCAAAGAUUUAGAUAUUGAAUUAAGCACAAAGGAAGAUGAUCUGCGUGUUGGCAAGCCUGUAACAUGCCUUGUAAUGCUGAAAAAUAAAUCUAAGAAAAACCUAACCGUGUGUCUAACAGGCGUAAUUAGUUCAGUCAGAUACACUGGAGCUGUUUGGAAGCUUGUGAAGAAGCAAAAGUUUGAAAAUUUGGAAGUUGGUGGCGGCAAAGACGUGGAGAAGGAAAUACGACUGGAACCGGAUGAAUACGUGAGUAAUUUGACAGAUCUUAAUUGUCUAAAGUUCAUCUUGGUCGCUAAAGUGUUGGAAACGAAGAAGAUUUAUGUCGAUGAAACCAAGUUCCAAUUGUUUAACCAGGACUCCAUCAAAGUCAAGUUUAAUGACAAGUCACCACUUCAAGUUGGAGUAGAGGCUGAGGUUGAAGUCUCGUUUACAAAUCCUUUGCCAAUAAGAUUGUCCUACAUUAAAAUCAGUAUUGAAGGCGCAGGGCUAGCGUAUUUGGAUACAAAAACCUACAGCAAAAGCGUCCAGUACGGCAAAACACAAACAGCAAAAUUUUCUUUUACUCCACGAAAAGCAGGAAAACGUACCUUGCUCGUUGAUGUGGACACAACCCAAGUAAAAGAUUUCAAAGCUGCGGCUGAUCUCGAUGUUCUUCCUCAGUCUCCCAAAAAAACAUAACCGCGUGCAUGCACGCAUUUAGAUCGCAAUUUUUUCUUUCAGUAAUAUUUCAUUAAUUAAUUGUUGUAGAAUAGAAUUUUAAUAUGUUUUAUUUAUACGCAAAGCAUACAUGCACCUUUACUCUCUGAUUCAUAUAGGCUAAUGUGUAAACUGGAGAGCAUUACUCUUAAUGUUUCCUAUAGUGUAUGCAUAUAAGAUACGUUUAGCUAUAAUAAAUUUAUAAAUGUUUU